GCAAGCAUUUAAGUCUUGAAUACUAUGGCACAGUAUUAUAAUUUUGUGACCAAUGCCAGUGGUACAUUAACACUUGAAGAAGUACAGAGAAUUUGCUCUGUAGAGGGACAAAGUGUACAAUUAGUUGUUGAAGACAUAAAUAAUGGUGGUAAUGGUUCUCAGCAAUUUUUGACUUAUACCACUGCACCACAAAACAGCGGGCAAGCAAUAUUUUCACAGCAAAUUAAUUUAGGGAGUCAAAUUUCUACAACGCAAUUGGAUCAAGGACAAAACGUUUUUAUAAUCAAAACAAAUACAAAUGAAUUAGCUUCAUCUCAAAGUGUAUUGAAAACUACAACGGUGAAUGAUAAUACUUUAGGUGGGAACUUUCUAAACAUUGUGGAUAAUAAAGGUUCUAAAACAUUUAUAGGUUGUAAUAAUGAUGGACAACAACUACAAUGGAUAAAAAUGCAAGAAAAUAGUAUUAGUCUAAAUGCAGUUUCAAAACAAGGUGCAUUGAUAUCAGAGAAAACACAAACUGUCAAUUUAAAUGAAAAUCAAAAUAAUACUUCUUCACAAAAUCUUUUACAUGGACCUUGUGAAUUAUUGUCACCAAAUAUUGAACCUGUAAAAAGAAAACCACUUAGAUCCUAUCAAAAUAGAAGUCGAGUUCCAACAGGUAGUGUACAAAUAGAAACAUCAUCCAUUGAUAGGGUGAAUGUAACAAAUAACAUUGGAACUCAAAUACCAAACGUUAAUGCGUCUAAUAUUAGAGCAACAACACCUUCAUUUUGUAAUAAAGCAAUUAGUCCCAUUGGACAGAAUGUGACACAAAUUUCUCCACAAAUACAUACUCCUUUGAACACUGUUCACGUUAGACCUCAAGCUCCUGUCUUGCAAAAAAAUUCUUUAAAAGUGCAACAGCCUAAAAUGGAACAAACAAGAUUAAAACAAAUGCAAAAUCAAAGACAAGUGCAAACUGAUCAAAGAUUGCAAGGAAAUAAUAAGCAACGAUUAUCAAAUAUUACACCACAAUUAAUGCAAAGUUCAUUACAUGCUACACGACAACAAACUGCAAAUUCAAUACAGCAAAAGCAAAUGUCAUCAUCAUCACAAUUACAAUUUCAAAAACAAAUUACAACACAAAAAUCUCAAUACGAACAAUCACCACUUUCAACUCCAUCUCAAAAUGUACGCAAUGCUAUGGAUGUUGAAUCUCCGGAAUCUCCACCACUCUGUGAAAGAGGUCCAACAAAUCAGCAAAGCUUUUCAUCACAAACUGAUUCAGAAAAUAGUGCAGCUGAAAGUGUUGCUUUCCUUGAAAAAGUUAUUCAUAAUCCAACAAAUACUAAAGUUCAACAUCAAAUACAAGGAAAUACUGCAAAAAUGUUAGUUAUGCUUUCUAAUGGUGAACAGAGAUUAAUUACAUUUGAUAUACCCAAUGAUGAUUGUACAGUUCAAGAUUUACUAGAACAGGCAAAUAUCGUAUUUUGUGGAAAAACAAGUGUAUCUUUAGUUUCUGAUCCUACUCUGGGUAUAAAUUAUAUUGUAGAAGCUGGACCUGGUGCAGUUGCAUCACAUGACAUGAGUGAAAACGAUGGCCCUCAGGAUAAUGCAAAUAGUAAUUUAGAUAAUUCUCAUAGUUCACCGGAUGAGAAUAGUAAUCCUGUGCAACAAAAUGAAGAACCUAUAUAUAUUGAGGGGAUGUUGGCUGUUUGUUCUCAUUGUGGCAUUAGUUCUAUUGAUUUUAAUCGGUGUUUAAGAUGUAAAAGAAAAUUACCAAAAGACGUAAAAUCCAUACCAAUGACAAUGGGUAUGCAAGAAAAAAAAGAAACAAUGCUAUCUGUUGAUACAUUUUACAAGAAAAACAACGAACGCAAUUCGUCAGCAAAAUUAGAAAAAUUAGAGCGAGAUGGGUCUGUGUAUAAACGAGGAAGGGGAAGAGGAAGGGGUAUGUCAAGAGCAAGGCCUAUACAUAAGGAGCCAGAAUGUUUGACAAUAUCGUCGGAUGAGGAAGAAGAAGGCAAAAAUAAACGAUCUGAAGGCUCUAAUAAUAAUGUAUUUUCAAAUGACGGAGGUAAUGAUUUUACCGAAGAAAUGGAGACGAUUCUUGAGAAAGAACCAAUAAUCACAAAUAAUUCUGUUUCUAACACAAGUUCUGAUUAUACUAUGGAAAGUGAAGAUAUAAAAGAUAAUGCUGUUCAAUCUCCACAUACUUCUUUAUUGUGUCGAACAGUAAGGAUAGGUUCUUAUAAAUAUAUUCCUCGGGAGAGAGUAGUAAUCUCGCAAAACGGAGUAAGAUUUGGUGUUCCUUUAUUGGAAGAUGAUAAAACCUUUGUAACAUUAGAAGUUAAGAUUCAAGAUAUAGUAAAAGUACUAAUUCAUUUUGGUAAAGCAAUGCCAGUACUAUUCUUUUAUACCUCUACUAAUACUGGAGCUAUGAUUCGUGAAUUAUUAGGAAUGCAGGACCCAAAAGGACCAUAUUAUGAUCCUGCUGGGAAAGAUCAUACGCAUAAACGAAUAACUUUACUGCCAGAGAAAUUAUCAGAAGAAUCAAAAGUUGUGCUAAAAACUGUGUUUGCACGAAGACGUUUAUUAGAAGAAUUGAGCUCGAAGGAAGCAAAUGAUAUUCUUGUUCGAGCAUCGCCGAAAGAUAGUGUACAAAAUCAAAGUUUAUCGAAGAGAGAAGUCCAAACAGGCACAACAACUAAUUCAAAUGCCAAUGGCGGCAUACAAACAAUAACCGUGUAUCCACCACCACCUGCAAAAGGUGGUAUAGCUAUUAAUACUGAAGAUUAUUUAUGUCUUGGAGAAGAUCAGUUUUUGAACGAUGUAAUUAUAGACUUUUAUCUGAAAUAUCUAACAUUGGAAGUCUUGUCUGAAUCUGACCAACAUAGAACACAUGUGUUUAGUUCGUAUUUCUAUAAGCGAUUGACAAGCCCACAUGCUCAAGCAGUCGAAAGUAAUGUACCUCUGUCACCUGCUGCCAAGAGACACGCGAGAGUACAAAAGUGGACAAAAAAUGUCAAUAUAUUUGAGAAAGAUUUUAUUAUAAUUCCCAUAAAUGAGCAUGCUCAUUGGUUUUUGGCUAUUAUUUGUUUUCCUGGAUUGGUCGGGAAAGUUUUUACACAGAGUAAACGGUCUGAUGAAAAUGACGUUCGAAAGACUGUACAAAGAAGUAAAAAAUUAAAAGAAGUAAAACUUCAAGCUGUUACAAUUGGAAGUACGACUCUUAAGCCAGUGACAACUACUGUAACUAUAGAUCAAGGUGAUGAUGGUUCAGAAAGAGAUGAAGCUGAAGGUGAUGAUGAAGAAAUGGAAAUGGAUAGCGAAGACGACGAUGAAACAGAAACUACAGAAAACAAAAGUCUGUCGCCAAAAACGGAACAAAAUGUGCCACAGGAGAAAGAUACUGUCAAAAUACCUUGCAUUUUAAUAUUUGAUUCCCUUGCGGGAGCAAGUAGAGCACGUGUAGUAGCUACAUUAAGAGAUUACUUAAGUUGUGAGUAUGUAGCAAAAAUGGGAAGUGAAAAAGUAUUUUCGAAAGAUACUAUUAAAGGAGCAUCAUUGAAAGUUCCUCAGCAAUCAAAUUUCACUGAUUGCGGAUUGUACGUAUUACAAUAUGUAGAAAGCUUCUUUAAAAAUCCCAUUAAAGAUUAUACUUUGCCAAUAAAGACAUUGAAAAACUGGUUUGAAGAAAUAGUAGUAACUAGGAAAAGGGAAGAAUUAUCAAAGCUGUUGAUUAAGUUAAUGGAUGCAACCAAAGGAGAUAAAAUCAUAACAAUACCUACUGUAAACUUUCCUACACAAGAUGGUAAAUUAAAAGCUAAGGCUGAAAAUCAUGUUGACAUAAAAUCUAUGAAAACAGAUGUAGAAGAUAAGAAAAAGCCUACAUUAGAUGGGGAGAAUCGUAUUAGUAAUAAUAUGCCAAAUCAAACAGAAAGUACUGAACCAACUACUGACAUAAUUAAUAGAACUACAUACCAGAUCAUUCCGUACUCUCCAUGUACAAGUUCUAGCUCGUCUGAAAGCAAUUCAACAGAGAUGUUAACUGAACCUAAAACUCUUCAUCCGAGAUCUUCAAGCGAAACGAUGUCCUACUUAAAAUCGAAACGGAUUUCCAGGUUAAUCUUAAAAGCAGAGAAUCAAGAUGACUCUCAAAUGGCCAAAAAGCACAAAGGAGAGUCUUUUGAUUCUUGUAAAUAAAUGUUACUUUUUUUUUAUAA